AUGGCAUCAUCAGCUUACCAAGUCGUUGCAAAGUCAAGGCCCACGACUUCGUCGGACAGAAAUACACAUCGUACUCUGAGCGCUUCAAGUGCGAAGGUCAUCCAAGCCGCCUGGUCUGGCUCUGGAAAUGCCGGUUGGUCCAGUGUCAAUAAGGACGCAGCAAUCGACAGUUACUAUAUCCCAACCAUCUGCACCAGCAAUGGUACAUGCACCGCCGGCGAUAGUGCUUUGUUCGGUAAUUGGUUCAAAUAUGCCAAUGCCAAAGAUCCUAGCUUCCCACUUCAGAACAUGACUGAUUCUGUGUUCUUUGGUAUGAUGCAUGCUUCAAUGCGCCAGUAUGCAGGAAUGGUUGGAAUCAACAACCCCGAUCUGUCCAAGAUGAUUACGUACAUGGAUUUGCCGACUAGGUAG